AUGCAGGGUGUGCGGCCACCGCUCGCCUGUGGCCAUCCUUUGGCCCAAGGAUACCGUGCCAAGGGCCCAGCGGUCCGCGCGGGCGCGGCUGCCGCGAUGGCCUCGGCUGGAGGCUUUGUGGCACCCAGGGGCAAAGGUGGGGUCCCAUUGCAGCCGAGCUCGAAGGCGCCCGCUGCGAAGCCGGCUGCCGGCGCUGCCGUGGCCAAGUCCCCAGCGAAGGCACCUCCCAAGGCUGUCGUGGCGAAGGCCCCAGUGACGAAGGCAGCCGCGCCCCCCGCGCCCAAGCCGGCCGUGGCAAAGCCGGCGGCGGCCAAGACGCCAGCCCCGCGGGCCGUGGCGGCGAAGCCAGCCACGGCAGCUGCGCCCGCCAAGCCCGCGGCACCGAAGCCAGCCGCGCCGAGACCGGCCGCGCCCGCCGCGGCGACCAAGCCGGCCGCGCCGAAGCCCGCCGUGUCAGUGCCGAAGCCCGUCGCGCCGAAGCCUGCCACGCCGAAGCCCGUCGCGCCGAAGCCCGCCGCGCCGAAGCCGGCUGCGCCGAAGCCGGCCGCUCCAGCCGCUAAGCAGGCGGCCGCGCCGGAGAAGCGGCCAGCCCCGAAAGCGGAUGUCAGCUUUGAGAAGGGCUACGUGUUCACGGGCAGCGCCAGCGAAGAGCUGAGGCUCUUCGGCGCCCCGGAGCGGGAGCUGGCGCAGAUGAAGAAGCACAUCUGGGACGGUGCUCUUUCUUUUCAACAGCCAGACGCUCAAGCUGACUGGGAGCUUCGUGGCCGAUGGCCUCCCGGAAAACAACAUCGCGGCCGAUGCGUUCGGCGGCAAGGGGCCCGCCCAAGUGUGCGCCAAGGCGCUCGACACGCUGAUGGAGGCCAAGCUGGCCAAGCGCAUCUUCGGGGGCCCGAAGAACGCGGCGGACGUUGCCAAGCUGCGCGAGGA